CCGAAUCAGAUUCCAAAAGUGCUAACCAAACGGUACCUUUCUGUUAUUUCUCUCUGCUUACAUUGGAAAGAAGGACUGGAAUGUUCUAAAGUAUUAGUUACGCCUCUGAAAUUUGUUUUCUGUUUAAGGAAGCGGGUCAACGGCCGCCGUCUCCGUCGCGUUUUAUCUUUCAGCAGGGGACGGUCGAAGCCGAGCCAUUAAUAUCGCCUUUCCGACUUUCCUCAUCUCCACCCCAAUUUAGGUUAUGGGCUUUAGGUUAAUGAGGAGUUGGGUAGAAUUACAGGAUGUGGUCGCUGACUUUGAUCCUCAAUUGUGUACCAUUCAAUCCGACUAUUAGUUGCUGUUUGAAUUGGUGGUUUAUGGUUUUUGAUGGCAAGUGAUAUUGGGAAAUCUGCUACUGCUACUAUGCCUGCUGGGACCGAGAACCUUUCUUCUUCAGGAACUGGUGAUGGGGAUGCUAGUGAUUUUGAAUGCAACAUUUGCUUUGAUAUAGCUCAGGAUCCCAUCGUCACCCUUUGCGGUCACUUGUACUGUUGGCCUUGUCUCUUUAGAUGGUUGCGCCACCACUCGCACUCACAUGAGUGCCCUGUUUGUAAGGCCCUGAUACAGGAGGAGAAGUUAGUUCCUCUGUACGGGCGAGGAAGGACUGCGACUGAUCCUAGGUCAAAACCUGUCCCUGGUGUAGAAAUUCCUGAUCGACCUGCAGGGCAGAGACCCCAGACAGCUCCUCCUCCUCAUCCUCAUCCCGAUUCAGCUAACUUUCCGAAUUUUGGUUUGGGGCUUGCUGGAGGAUUUCUACCGGUGAUGACUGCAGGGUUUGGUAACUUUUCCAUGUUGGCUGGUUUUGGUGGGAUUUUGCCGUCGAUGUUCAGCUUUCAGAUUCACGGAUUUCCAACCGCACCUGUAUAUGGCACGGGUUCAGGAUAUCCACAUACUUAUCCUGGCGGUUAUUAUCAUGGUGCUAAUGUUCCCAGAGCUCCAAUGACUCCUCAAGGUUCACAGGCUGAAGAUAACAAGCUACUGAUCCUUCUCCUUAUAAUUCUCAGUCUGGUUGUUCUUUCCUUCAUAUGGUGAUGAGUGAUAAAUACGCAUUAUAGUUUUCAGUCUUACCAUUUUGUAAAUGUUGCGAGGCUUUGCCAGCCCUGCAUGCUGACUGUUAAAUUUGAAUCUUGAUAACAUCUCUGUCCCUUUUUUGCA